GCACGCGAGCGGACGUCGCGUCUACGCCCGGAGCGCGUUGCGGUGCGUGAUCGACACGACGAUGCGGACAAGCAGUGGCGUCGCGAGUUGGUGCGUCCGCAGCUGAGCAGCGCGAGCAGCGACCGUCAUGACCACCAGGGAGCUCUACGUCAAGGGCGCGCGAGUAUGGGUGCCGCACGCGGACAAGGUGUGGGAGGGCGCGGUGCUGCUGGAGGACUACGGGCCCGGCCAGCAGCGGCUGAGUCUGCGCACCGAGGAGACGAAGGAGGAGAGCCGCCAGCUGGACGUGCGCUCGGACGCGGACCUGCCGCCGCUGCGCAACCCCGACAUCCUCAUCGGCGAGAACAACCUGACCUCGCUCUCGUUCCUGCACGAGCCGGCCGUGCUCUACAACCUGCAGGUGCGCUUCCAGCGCCACUGCAUCUACACCUACUGCGGCAUCGUCCUCGUCGCCUUCAAUCCCUACAACGAGCUGCCCAUCUACGGCAACGACACCAUCUGGGCGUACCGCGGACAGGCCAUGGGCGACCUCGAGCCCCACAUUUUCGCCGUGGCCGAGGAGGCCUACACCAAGCUCGAGAGGGAAAGCCACGACCAGUCGAUCAUCGUGUCGGGGGAGUCGGGUGCCGGCAAGACCGUCUCGGCCAAGUACACGAUGCGCUACUUCGCCACGGUCGGCGGCUCCGCCAAGGAAACGCAGGUGGAGCGGAAGGUGCUGGCCUCCUCGCCGAUCAUGGAGGCCAUCGGCAACGCCAAGACCACGAGGAACGACAACUCGUCGCGGUUCGGCAAAUUCAUCGAGAUACAGUUCAACAAGAACUACCACAUCACGGGCGCGAGCAUGCGGACCUAUCUGCUGGAGAAGUCGCGGGUCGUCUUCCAGGCCAGCGACGAGCGCAACUACCACAUAUUCUACCAAAUGUGCUCGGCCCGCGAGCGCUUUCCCCACUUGGGCCUCUCGGAGGCGCGCGACUUCCACUACCUGAACCAGGGCGAGGACACGGCGAUCGACGGCGUGGACGACCUCGAGUGCUUCGACGAGACGAUCGGCGCCCUCGCGAUACUCGGCUUCGGCCCGAGGGAGCAGGACGACCUGCUGCGCGUGCUGGCCUCGCUGCUGCACCUCGGCAACGUGCGGGUGGACAGCUGCGACGGGCAGGACGCCGAGAGCUGCUACAUAUCGCCGACGGACAGCCACCUGCUCGCGAUGACGGAGCUGCUGGGCCUGGACCCGCGGGCGCUGCACAAGUGGCUGUGCCACCGUAAGAUCGUGUCGACCAGAGAGGUGAUCCUCAAGCCGAUGAACGUCGAGCAGGCCGUGGGCGCGAGGGACGCGCUGGCCAAGCACAUCUACGAGGAGCUCUUCGGCUGGAUCGUGGCCCACGUGAAUCGCACGCUGCAGUCGCCGGCCAAGGCCCACUGUUUCAUCGGCGUGCUGGACAUCUACGGCUUCGAGACCUUCGAGACCAACUCGUUCGAGCAGUUCUGCAUCAAUUACGCGAACGAGAAGCUGCAGCAGCAGUUCAACCAGCACGUGUUCAAGCUGGAGCAGGAGGAGUAUCUGCGGGAGGAGAUCGAGUGGACCUUCAUCGACUUCCACGACAACCAGCCGUGCAUCGACCUGAUCGAGACCAAGCUCGGCAUACUGGACCUGCUGGACGAGGAGUGCCGAAUGCCCAAAGGCUCCGACGGCUCGUGGGCGGAGAAGCUCUACUCCAAGUGCAAGGGCUCGAAGCACUUCGAGAGGCCGCGCUUCGGCACCACGGCCUUCCUCGUGCACCACUUCGCCGACCGCGUGCAGUACGAGACGGCGGGCUUCCUGGAGAAGAACCGCGACACGAUCAUCGAGGAGCAGGUGGAGGUGCUGCGCAACAGCCAGAACGCGCUGCUGCGCCGGCUGUUCUCCGACGGGGAGAGCGCCAGGCUGGCGGUGCCGCGCGCGCGAGUCAAGAUCAGCGCCAGCCAUCAGCACAGGCCCGCCGCGGGCCCGGCCGCGGCGACGACGCCCACGGCCGCGGGCAAGAACAAGAAGACCGUGGGCUCGCAGUUCCGCGACUCGCUCAACAUGCUGAUGUCGACGCUGAACGCGACGACCCCGCACUACGUGCGCUGCAUCAAGCCCAACGACACCAAGGAGUCGUUCGAGUACAACGCCGUGCGCGCGGUCCAGCAGCUGCGCGCCUGCGGCGUGCUCGAGACCAUCCGCAUCUCGGCCGCCGGCUUCCCCAGCCAGCGCACCUACGCCGACUUCUUCGCGCGCUACCGCUGCCUCUGCAGGUUCAAGGAGAUCAAGCGCGACGACCCGAAGGAGACCUGCAGACGGAUGCUGGCCCACUACAUCAAGGACAGCGACAAGUUCAAGUUCGGCCGGACGAAGCUGCUCUUCCGCGCCGGCCAGGUGGCCUACCUGGAGAAGCUGCGCGCCGACAAGCAGCGCGAGGCCUGCCUGACCAUCCAGAAGACGGUGCGCGGCUUCGUGGCCGCGCGCCGCUACCGGCAGCUCCGGCGCGCCGUCCUCGGCCUGCAGCGCCACGCCCGGGGACACCUCGCGCGCCAGCGCGCCCAGGCCGUCCGCGAGCAGCGGGCCGCCACGAGGAUACAGGCCUGGGUCCGCGGCUGGACCAAGAGGACGAGCUACCGCAGGCUCCGGCGCGCCGUCCUCGGGCUACAGGCCCACGGCCGCGGCGCGCUGGCCAGGGCCAAGUUCGCGAGGAUGCGCAGCGAGGCCGCCGCCGUCACGAUCCAGCGGUACGCGAGGGGCUACCUCGUGCGUCGCGCGUGCAGGCGCCGCUUGCGCGCCAUCAUCGUCGUGCAGGCGUGCGCGAGGAAGUUCCUCGCCAAGCGCGAGUUCAAGAGGCUCAAGGUGGAGGCGAAGAGCGUCGAGCACGUCAAGUCGCUCAACAAGGGGCUCGAGAUGAAGAUCAUCAACCUGCAGCACAAGAUCGACGAACUAGCGAAGGAGAAUCAGCAUCUUAAGGCGCUACAGCUGGAACUGGGGGAGGUGAAGAGCAAGCUGGACGGCUACAAGGCCGUGGAAAUGGAGAACCGAAAGCUGAAGGCGAUCGUGCGGCAGAAGGAGAAGGAGCUCGAGCAACUGCAGGUGGCGGUGGAGAAGGAGAAGGACAAGCGGCAGGAGAGGAUAAAGGCGAAGGACCGCAGCCUGAUGCAGCAGGAGGCCGAGGUGCACCGGCUGCAGGAGGAGAACGAGCGCCUCCGCGGCGAGCUGGCGCUGUCGCAGGAGAGGAUGCGCAGCUCGGAGCGCGGCGCCGAGGACACGUACAAGAGCCGCCUCGAGCGCCAGAAGAACCUGCUGCUGAUGGACCAGGACCAGGACCGCAGCGCCUAUCAGCGCCUGCUCAAGGACUACCACGAGCUGGAGCAGCGGGCCGAGACGCUGGAGCAGAAGCUGGCGGCGGCGUGCGCGCCGGGCCACGCGAGGUCGCUGAGCAACGCCUCGAGCGGCAGCGGCGACAAGCCCAUGCACGACGACUCCAACGCGGACUUGGGCUACGGCUCGGUGCGGUCGACCGCCUCCUCGGGCACGCCCCACUCGCGGCUCGAGACGAUCGAUUGGAGCCAGAAGCGCUCGGAGAGCCCGCCGGAGGGCAGGCCCGACGGGCCGACCUCGCCGGGCCCGCAGUCGCCGCUCGACGUCGGCCUGGUGCUCAAGCUGCAGCAGAAGCUCAAGGACCUCGAGAAGGAGAACGGCCGGCUGAUCCGGAUGGUGGAGGACUUGGAGCGCGAGUGCCCCGAGACCGACGGCGGCGUGGCCAGGACCCACGACUCGUUCAGGAUGCAGGAGCUGGAGCUGGAGAACUCGCAGCUGAAGCGGGACCUGGGCUCGCUGCGCAAGAGCGUCGUGGAGGCCGACUCGACGACCGUCGUCCCGCGGACCCUCGUCGAGCAAUUCGAGGCGCUGCAGGCCGAGCUGGAGCGCAGGCGCGAGGAGUGCGUGCAGCUGCACACCGUGCUGGCCGACCACACGCGCCGCAUGAAGGCCACCCUCGGCUCGGCCUACGGCCAGGACGUCGACUUCGUCAACGAGGACGGCGAGCUCGUGCUCGCCUUCGAGGCGCAGAAGAAGAUCAACAGACAAUUGGAAGACGAGCUGCAGGCCAAGGAGCGUCAGUGGAAAGCUCAGAGGGACGAGUGGAUGGCCGAAAUCGAGAGGCUGCAGGAGGAGGUUCAACGCCAACAGAAGAUACUGUCCGUCAACUUGAGCAAAUCGCCGCAGACGCAGACGGAAGCCUUCAUGCAGUACGAGAUCACGAGGCUCACGUCCGAGAAUCUGGACCUGCAGGAGAAGUACGACAAGGCCGCCGAGGACUGCAGAAAGCUGAGGAAGCAGAUGAGGAUCCUUCAGAAGCGACUGCGCGAGGCAGGCCUGUCCGAGAUCGCCGAGCUGAGCGUCGACGUCGUGUCGACCACGACGAACGCGUCGUCCGGCGACAGUGGCACCGGCUCGAUGAUGCAGGCGGCCAUUCGCAAGAAGGAGCGCGACUUCGAAGGCAUGUUCGAGUUCCGCAAGGAGGACAUCAACGUCGUCCUCCGCAAUCUCAUCGACGACUUGAAGCCACGAGUGGCGAUCACGCUGCUACCCGGCCUGCCCGCCUACAUCCUGUUCAUGUGCAUUCGCCACACCGACUGCAUCAACGACGACGAAAAGGUGCGCGAGCUGCUGACCAGCUUCCUGAACACGAUCAAGCGCGUGGUCAGACGCAGCGACGACUUCGAGUGCGCGGUACUCUGGCUCAGUAACACGCUGCGGCUACUACACAACAUGAAGCAGUACUCCGGCGACAAGCCGUUCCAGAUCGAGAACACGCCGCGGCAGAACGAGCAGUGCCUGCGCAACUUCGACCUGAGCGAGUACCGCGUGGUGCUGAGCAACGUGUCGCUGUGGAUCUUCAACAGCAUCAUCAACCAGCUGAAGGAGCGCAUGCAGCCGCUGGUGGUGCCCGCGCUGCUCGAGCACGAGGCCAUCGCCGGCCUGAACAGCCGGGCGAGCGCCGCCAGGACGCGGCGCGACUCGGCGGGCGCCGGCGACGGCGGCCUGCAGGACGGCGCCGCGGACACCAAGGGCCAGGAGAAGCUGAACCUGCUGCUCGAGCACCUGAUGAUCGUGCACAAGACCCUGCAGUACCACGGCGUCGAUCCCGAGAUCAUCGUGCAGAUCUUCAAGCAGCUGUUCUACUUCAUGUGCGCCAGCGCCCUCAACAAUCUGCUGCUGAGGAACGAGCUCUGCCACUGGAGCAAGGGCAUGCAGAUCAGGUUCAACCUGAGCCACCUGGAGCAGUGGGCGAGGGACGUGCAGCUGGUGCCCGCCACGGACUCGCUGCAGCCCAUCGUCCAAGCGGCCCAGCUGCUGCAGGCGCGCAAGCAGGACGAGGACGUCGACUCCGUCUGCGACAUGUGUAACAAGCUCACGGCCAACCAGAUCGUCAAGAUACUCAAUCUGUAUACGCCGGCCGACGAGUUCGAGACACGCGUGCCCGUGUCCUUCAUCAGGAAGGUCCAGGCCAAGCUCCAGGAGAGAGGCGAGAAGAGCGAGCAGGUCAGUGGUCGAUCGAGUCGGGCAGCUUUCGGGUUCCACGCUCAUCGCUCUGUGCUCUCUUUUCAGCUGCUCAUGGAUCUCAAGCACACGUUCCCCGUCAGAUUCCCCUUCAGCCCGUCGAACAUCCGGCUGGAGGACAUCGAAGUCCCGGAUGUUCUCAAUUUGCCGAUGCUCAAAAAAGUCUAACGGCGCCUCGCUGUUCCCUCAACACACACACACACGCGCGCGCGCGCUGAUGCAUUUAUAACGUGUCAUUCGGGCUUUUGUUUCGAGAAAGGGCGCGCACACUUCGCCGUACUCUUCGCGCGAUGUCGAAAGAAAACAACGCUAGCUAGAUAUAUAUGUCCAAGACCAUAUUUUGUAUGAUUUUUUUUUACGUACUCUACAAUGGAUUGCCCAAUUGCGCGCUCGCGAAAGCAGGAGAGUGAAAGUUGUAUACGUGAUGCCAUAAUCAUGCCUUCAAACUGUUUUCAUCCUUAGAAAUAAUAAGUACAAAUUUAGUUUUUCGAAACACGAGUGAUGGGUGAAAAAGUGUAUCUGAUUCAACGUACCGAUGUGUCUCUGAGAUGUGAAAUCAUACAUGUAGAUACAAUGAUACACAGGAAAGAUGUUUGACGGUGAAAGGCUAUACAGGCACUAUACGUUUUUAACGUUUUACGUGUAAAAAUGAAAAAUAUUUUUCAAUAUUGCCGAAGAAUAAUUUUCAUGAUAUUGUAUAAAAAAAGUUAUUCUAUUAGCUUUAUAGAUGGAGGUUGUAUUGAAUAGUAGCUCAAAUAUAUAAUAUUUUUCAAGUGAUAUAUAUUUACAGUGUAAUGAAGAACAAAUCUAUCAAUGUUAUAAAAUUAUAAAUUUUAGCAGGACGUAUAAAGCCUUGAAGUAAUCACGAACAUUUUAUAUGUAUCAUUGAUUUUUAAAAUUUUAUAAAAGUUGUAUUGUUUCUGAUUUGUGUCUGUUAUCUUCUGGAAAUAGGGUGUAAAUUUAUAAGUAGAAUUUAGUAAAGUGAUGUUCAAAUUAUUCACGAUAUUAUUUAUGCCUGAGUUAGUUGGUUAAUUCUGAAUGUUGAUGAGUAUAGUUGAGUGUUCAUUCAGUUUAUCACGCUUCCGUUCAUAUCGUCGAAAACUGAGACAACGUUCGAAAAUUGAAACGAAAUAUUUCAAGAAAUGAAUGAUAUAUUGAAAAUUUAGAUAUUUUUUGAAUGAAUUUAAAAGUGAAACACAGAAUCGAAAUAGGUAACAUUUUUUUCGAUUGUAUACAAAUUCAAGCUUUUUAGCACUCUCUGUCAAGAUUAACAAGGAUUAUAGAUAGACAUGUACAAAAAAGUAUCAGAGAAAAGGGACGAAUAAGCUUCGGGUCUAUUGAGAUAUGGAAAUUAUGCAAAUGAAAAAAGUUAUAUUAAAGAUCUUCAAAGUUUUUACAAUGAAAUUCGUGUUGUUAGGUUGAAACCGAGCGCAAGUAUUAUAGCAUAAAUAAUGCAUUAUUAUUGGUGCCAUCGUAAAUGAAAACAAAAAAACUUCCUUUUUUCAAUUUACCUUGCGUUCGAAUAAUAAGCUCAUCACGGAUACGUAAGCGGGCGCAUUAAAAGUUUGUAUAAAGUUAAUUCAAAAUUCUGUGCCAGAAAAACGAAUUCGUCGUUUGUUUUCUAAAAUUGAAAAGUAUCUUCCAUUAACGUCUUCGAUUACCAUAAUAUGAUGUAACGAAUUAAUUUUGUUCCUAUGAUCAAGAAAUAUAUAAAAUA